CGUGUCACUGUUUUAACCAUCUCCCACCAUCACAAUGAGUUAUAGCUUCUCUCAGAGCAGUUCAUCUAGACUGAGCAGUGGGAUCUCCUCCAGGCUCUCUGAUGGAAUCUACAGAGCUGCUAGUAUGCAUGGUGGUUAUGGAGGAUCUGGCAUUUCCAUGUCCAGUGCCAAGUUCACAUCAGCAGCUGGGUCAGGAAUGGGCUUUGGCUCGGGUUUUGGCUCUGGAUUUGGUGGUGGGGCCUCGUUUGGUGCUAGCUUUGGUUCAGGUGGUGGAGAAGGGCUGCUCUCUGGCAAUGAGAAGUACACCAUGCAGAACCUUAAUGGCCGCCUUGCCAGUUACUUGGCUAAAGUGAAGUCUUUGGAGGAAGCCAACACUGACCUGGAGGCCAAGAUACGUGAUUGGUAUGCUAAGCAAGGGUCAGUUGCUAUCCGUGAACAAAGCUAUGGAGCUUUAUACACCACUAUUGAUGAACUACGUGGUAAGAUUUUAGCUGCCACGAUUAACAAUGCCAAACUUGUCCUGGAGAUUGACAAUGCGAGAUUGGCUGCUGAUGACUUCAAACUCAAGUAUGAGAAUGAGUUUUCCCUGCGCCAGACUGUUGAAAAUGACAUCAGUGGCCUGAGACACAUCUUGGAUGACUUGACCAUGACCAGAUCUGACCUGGAGCUCCAGAUUGAAAGUCUGAAGGAAGAGCUGGUUUACUUGAAGGCAAAUCAUGAGGAGGAAGUCAGUGAGAAAAAGCAGCAUGCAGCAGGAACAGUGAGUGUGGAGUUGGAUGCUGCUCCUGGAAUUGGCCUUCUAAACACACUGAAUGAUCUCCGUGAACAAUAUGAACAUAUUGCUGAUAAAAACAGGAGGGAAGCUGAAGCUUGGUUCCUCAGUCAGGUUGAAAGUUUGCAGAGUGAAGUGGUUACCAGCACACAGCAAGUACAGAGCACCAAGAGUGAAAGCACGGAAUUGAGACGUGGACUGCAGAGUCUGGAGUUGGAGCUUCAAACUCUGCUAAGCACUAAAGCAGGUUUAGAGGCAUCAUUGGCAGAUACAGAAGGUCGUUAUGCUGCACAGCUCUUCCAGAUUCAGAACAUCAUUAGUGGCAUGGAGGCUCAGUUUUCAGACCUCCGUUUAGACCUUGAGCGACAAAACCAGGAGUAUAAGGCUUUAUUAGACAUCAAGAGUCGCCUUGAACAGGAAAUUCUCAAAUACCAUCAGCUCCUGGAGGGAGAGGGAGGCCUAAUUGCAGCUGGAGCAGAUGCAAAAUCAGGAUCCAGCAGUGUAAGCACAACAACCCGUGUACAUGCCAUAAUAAAAGAAGAAUCUGGUGGAAAAGUUGUCUCCUCCACACUUCUAAAGACAUUCUGAGAUAUUCCUGCCAACCAGAGACAUCUCCACCAUCUGAUUUAGGGGCAGACAAUAACAGUGUUCUAAAUUAGUCUGGGCUAUAAUUAGGUAGUGCAAAUGUUCACAAUAGUUAUUACACUGGAAAAGCUAUUACUAAACAUUCUUUCAUAUCUAAGUGCUUGAUGUAAAAACAUAAAGAAAGGUUUUGUGUUGUCUAUCCAUUCCCAGACUAUUGGCAUGCAGGAGGUUUUAACUGAAAUAGAGGAACAAGGUUGCAAUAUAAAGACUCAAGAGCUCUGUUUUUGUGUGUAAGCCCAUCAAGCAGAGGAGAUUUUAUUAAAAUAAAGAACAAAAAAUGGUUUAUAUCUACAGCAACCACAAUGGUGAUCUGCAAAACCUUGUCCCUUGAUGGAGAAUGUUCUGUCUCUUUAAUUCAAAUAAAGGUCUUCAUGGGAUGUGCAAA